GCACAGUUAUGUGGUGCAUAUUUCUCUGAAGAAUUGAAUAAGGUUCGAACGAUAUUCAGCAAUGAUUAUACAGAACAUUUUAAAAAAAUUAAAAGCAUUCAAGACCCUAUUCUGAGAUAUGUUGCUUUAUAUCUUGUACACAAUUAUGAUAAAUCCAAAAAAUAUUUUAUAGAAAAUGGAAGGAGAGAAAAUAAUAUUGCUUGCCUAUCGUUGAACAGGUGGCUAGACCAAAGAAAAAGUUUCUAUACACAUGGAGAUAAAUGUGCUGUAAAUUUAGAUUUAUGGAAACAAACAAUUGAUCCAAUAUGGGAAAUGUUGAAUAAAAAUCAAACUUUGAAUUGUAUGAGGAAGGAAAUAUACACUAAAAAUACGUAUAUUCCUAAUGCACUGCUUCCUCCCACGUGUUACAAAUAUGUUCCUCUAAAUUAUACGUGUACUUACCCUUUACAUAUAUUAAAUAAAUAUAAAAAUUUAUUAAGUACAGAGUGCAAAAAAAUUGAUAGUCAGUGUUCUAAAUGUGAAAAAAUAUAA